AUGGUAGUUACUGAAGAAGAAGCAGACACAAAUAAGCACCAAUAUACCACUGAACCUGCACCUAACACACUGGUGGACUCAGACAUGGAUAUUUCUCUACAUGCCCUGUCUGGGGUGGUUAGUGCUGACACCAUUCGUACACCUGGAUAUAUCAAGAAACAAGCAAUUAUUUUACUAGUGGAUACUGGCAGCACACAUAGUUUCUUAGACUCUGCAUUGGAUUCAAGAUUAGGCUGUGAGAUACAACCCACUGCUCACAUGUUGGUAACACUUUACAAUGAUGCUAAAACCACUAGUACUGGACUUAUAUAUUCUAUUCUUGCAGCUCAUUUCAUGGAUACUUCAGACACGGAGUCUGAUGGCGGGCUUCAAGAGUAUUCAGAUUCCCACAGCGAACAGCAGUCAGUUUCCCACAGCGAACAAUCAGUUUCAAGUGAAGAUAACGUGGAUGCAAAUAAAGGAAAGCGGGGUAAGACAAGAUUACCAAAGCUUUUAAGGGAUACUAAUGGUGAAAGGCGGACUGUUACUUAUGAUGAAGCCAACCAAGCAACCGGUAAAAAUGGUUGCUUGCUCUCAAGUUACAUAGGCAGCGAAGUUGGUCCAAGUCUUGGACUGAAGUAUACCUGUUGGAAAGAAGUUCCACCUGUAGUGAAGAAAAAGUUAUGGGAGGACGUAACGUUUAAGUUUGAUCUCGACGAAUCAAAGAGGAAAGAUGUAUUGAGACAAUUUUCUGACUUGUGGCGAGGAUGGAGGAAACGAACUGCUGCAAAGCAUGUUACCCCAUUCGAAAAAAGCCGAAAAAAGCUUAAGAAUGUUCCUUCAGAUUUAAGAGGUUUUGUAGAACAAGAAGAAUGGAAAGAGUUUGUAAAACGGAGAUUGAGCGACAAAGGCAAGGAGUUGUCUGAAAUUGGCAGAACGGUACAAGCUCACCACAAAUAUCCGCAUAGGAUGGGACGAAGGACCUAUGCUGGAUUAAAGGACAAACUGAAAAGAGAAGGAAAGUGGACAAGUGAUUCACCCCCUCCACGAGAAUUAUUAUGGAUACUUGCACGCCAAAAUGAAAAUGGGGAGUAUAAGACUGAUGAGAUUGGUGAAGUUGCUGCUCAAAUUGAUGACUGCUCGAAAAAGAUCAAAGAGGGUACAAUUGUCUGUGAAGGUAAGACAGAUGCCCUUGUAAAGAUUUUGGGUGAAGAACAUGGUGGAAGAGUAAGGGCUGCAGGUACAAGAGUGACCCAUAGUCAGUAUUUUGACACUCCUCGACAACGUGGAUCAUCAAAUAAAGAUAAUCUGAAUAAAAUCAGAGAACUGGAAGAGCAACUAAGAGUGAAAGAUGUGCAAGCAAGAAUAAGUGAAGAGAACUUGAGAAAAGAAUUCCAACAACAAUUGGAGGAACAGUCACUAGACACAGAGAGAAAAUUGCAGAAACAAUUCCUUCAGUUCAAAGAAUUAUUGGGCAAAUCCCAAUAUGAUACGAUUCAGCCACCUAUGAUGUCCUCAGAAAAUGUCCCUGCCUUAGGUGCUGAGGAUAAGGACUUAGCUGAAACUUGGGGGGAAGCUGUUCACGAUCCGAAAGGAAAGGUACCUAAUACGAUGCUGUCCUCAAAAAAAGUGGUUGCACAGCCACCAACAGGACCACCUCAUCCGCCUUCUAACAGGAGCCAUCCGUGUGAAUUGUACGACAAAAUCAGCAGGGUUGUUGCGCUGGGACAUGUUAUUCACAGCGACUCAAAAAUGAUUCAUGGAAAAAAAAUGCGUGAUGAUUGUUUGCGUGUGUCGGUGGAUUUUGUGGAGAUAAAAACUGCAAUACUUCCAUAUCCAUCUGGUGAUAUUGUUACUGUGUAUGAUGCCCGUGAAAGUGUUGUUCAAUGGCCAAAACACUUGGUGGUCCUUGUCGGAAAUGGGCGAACGAGAUUGGAUGCAUUUGAUGAAUUUGUUAAGAGAGCAAAAGAAGUGUUCAGAAGCAGGGCUGCGAUCAAAGUUGAGUUGCAUCGCGAUGUGUUUGGUCAAACUGUAGAUGUGCCUAUACAUAUGGCACUAGAAGAUAUUGAGUUUGUUUGCACGUCUCAGAAACUUACGAACAAUGCUAUAGUCUUAUUCAUCCGAUUUUUGUAUGAAAAAUUGGAUGGCGAUGCACGCAAAACCAAGUUCGGAUUUAUGAAUCCAGCGGCAGUUCACUUUUCAGUCAAUAAAACAGAACUCGUGAAAAGUGUAUUAAAUAGACUGAAAGAUUCAGUGCCGAGUCGAAAAUACAUAUUUAUUCCUUGUAAUACAGGAAUUCAUUGGGUACUAAUUGUAUUUUUCGAUGGGAUAUUUUAUUACUUAAAUUCGUUGGAUGAGAAGUGUAGAUACAAACUAGAGGAGCAAAUGAGCACUGUUUCAAAAGCUUUAAGAAAUUAG